AUGACUAUUGGCACGGCCGGCUUUACAGCUGCCUUGUGCGUCAAGGCAAUGGAGGACACGGGUUUCAACAAGAGCAAACCCAUCCUGGUCACUGGCGCCGAUGGUGGUGUGGGCUCGGUGGCGGUCUAUCUCCUAGCGCAGAAGGGAUUCCAAGUUGCGGCCUGUGCCCCGGAGGGUACCCGUUUCAAAGACACAGAGCCCAGAUUGAAGAAGUUGGGUGCAACUGAAGUCAUCGGCGCCUUAAGCACGGAUAGCAAGGCCCUGGACGAAGAGAGAUGGGGAGGAGCCAUUGAUGUCGUCGGAGGUCCGACCAUUCCGACCAUUGCCUCACAGAUGGCCUAUGGCUGCAGCAUUGCCAGUUGCGGCGUGGCUGGAGGGCCUGCCAUUAAGACCACGGUGUACCCCUUCAUCAUCCGAGGUGUGAAACUAUACGGCGUGGAUUCGGUCUUUGCUCCUACUGUUCCGGGCUUAGAAUGUGCAUUGCUCACAAAGGACGUGCGACAAGAAGUCUGGACGGAUCUGGCAAAGGUGCCAACUGCCAUUUGGCAAGGGAUGCGAACAGAGGUUGCUUUGGUUGAUCUACACCAAGCAGCUUCCCAGAUUUUGGCUGGAAGUAUUCGUGGCCGUGUGGUGGUGAAUGUCAACCUCAAGACUCCGCAGCUGACAGCCGUAGAAAAGGAGGAGGAAGAUUUAGAGGCCUUGAAGAAGAAGUGCUUGGAAUUGCGCAAGUCCUUGACAGCAAAGUCCAAGAUAGUCUCUGCAGACCAAGCCAUGAGCACUAUCUUGGAUGGAGACUGCGUCACGAGUGCAGGCUUUGUAGCGACCAUGCCCUGUGAUGCAUUGAUCUCGGCCCUCCGCAAGCGUUACGAUAAAACUGGGCAUCCCAGAAAUCUGGAGAUGGUCUUUCCGAUCAUUGUUGGCGACCGCGAAGGUCGAGGUACAGAGCCCAUCACACCGAUGGUGUCCAAGGCCAUCUUUGGAUGGACCGAUGUCUGUCCCGCAUUCACCAACGCCGUUCUCAGUGGGAAGAUUGAAGCCUACAACUUGCCCAUGGGCCAAAUCAGCCACAUGAUUCGAUCUUCUGCCAAUGGUGUCCCAGGUCACCUCUCCAAAGUGGGUUUGCACACCUUCGCCGAUCCGCGCAACGGUGGCGGCAAGCGCAACAAGCAAACCACCAAGGAUGUGGUGAAGAUACAGGAACUGGAGGGUGAGGACUGCUCGGGACCUGCUUGGCAUCCCGAACAAAAGCCAACCAAUGCACUUGGUCCAUCUUGGUCCAACAUGUCCGCCGUUGAAUUGCCGGAGUUGCCUGAAAAUAGGGAGUACAUCUUUUACCCCGCCCCAAAGAUCACCGUGGCGCUGCUGCGCGGCUCACUGGCGGAUGAAGCGGGGAACAUCUCCUUCGAACGCGAACCGUUGUUGUUGGAUUCUUUAAAUCAAGCCAUGGCUGCAAAGAACAAUGGUGGCCUGGUGGUGGUGCAGGUGCAGCGUGUGGUGCCCGUCGGAAGUUUGGACCACAGACGGGUUCACAUCCCUGGAAUGUUGGUAGAUAUGGUGGUUGUGGCCAACAGCAAGGAGCAUGCCGCGGUGACCUAUGCUGCGGCGGAUGAAGAGUAUGAUCCAACCCUGUCCGGAGAGUUGAAACCACUGCAGGCAGCGCAAAUGGAGGAGCUUCCUUGGGAAGGUCCCCGCAAUGCGUGUCAGAAGCGGGUCAUGGCGCACCGAGCGCUUUUCGAGGUCAAGAAGCCCAAAGCGGUGUUGAACUUCGGCGUGGGAUCUCCUGAGUUUGUGGCGACCAUGAUGGCCAGUCAUGGGCAUCAGAAUCCUGACCUGAAGGGUUUCAUGGCCACUGUGGAGAGCGGUGUUUGGGGUGGCGUGCCACAGGGCGGCCUCCGCUUCGGGACCAGCACCGGCUUUGAGGCUAUUGUUCCCACCAGCACCAUGAUGGAUUUCUACGUGGGCGGUGGUAUCGACUAUGCCUUCCUUGGCGUGGGAGAGGCCGAUGCUUGUGGCAACGUCAAUGUCUCCAAUUUCGCGGGACGUGUUCCCGGCGUAGGAGGUUUCGCGGACAUUUCCGCCAAUGCGAAGACGCUGAUCUUCACGGCCACCUUGACCUGCGGCAACUUAGUCACCAAGGUGGAGGAUGGAAAGCUGAUCAUCGUGCAGGAAGGCUCCAUUCAGAAAUUCAAAAAGAAGCAUCUGGGCCCAAA